AUGGCUUCGGAGAUAGCAUGGCUGCCCUUUUGUCCAAAUGAUCCAGUAGUCAUAGAGAUCUUCAGCUACGGCGUGUUACAGUGUUUGAACUGCAGAGCCUUGGGCUUCUUUGAAGCCACUUGCUCUGCAUGGCGACGCCAGAUCUCUGAGAGUCAACUUUGGCCCAGUUUGUUGCUGAGAGAGCUACCGGUGGAAUUAUCGGAGGACAUGACCUUUGAUGCAGAAGUGAAAACACUUCUUGCUGAACUCUUGGCCUCCAAAUUGGAGCUUUGGCGUGAAAGCACGUUUUUGGAGGACAUACCAGGUUUCAUCCCCUGCAUUCCACAGAAGAUGUGCCUAGACGAUAAGUUGCAGCUCUCAAAGUUGGCGCAGAAAGUUCGGCAGGCCAGGGAUCGAGCCUCUAGAAAUGCGAAGCCUGGGGUUCACUUCUACGGAGUGAAGUUGGUUCACAUCUCGUGGCCAGAUGCCGAUGACUUGCUAAGCAAUGCCAUGGAAUUUGACAACGAGGUUGCAGGACCUUGGCCUCUUGGACUCCGUGCAUGCUUGCAAGUCAGGUGGAUUAGUGACCAUAUCCAGUUCAGAAUACUCCCCUAUGAGCUUGCGCACGCUGACAUGAUGGGCAUUGGACCAAUUCCACCUAUCACGAAGACUCCGCAGGUUUUGACAUUGGAUAUGUGGGCAACUUGCGAGAAGCCGCUGGUUUGUCUGCGUGGCUCCUGUGUCAAAGCCGAUGGACGUUGGUGGGAUGCUCAUGGAAUUAGCGCUGCCCGCAUGGGGCCAGGACUGCUGAGUGCAGCAUUGCAGGAGGGCUUGUGGUGCGUCAUGGCUAUGUCUGACCUCACCCAUGCGCCCUCAUCUGACAAUUACGGGGGCUACAAUUUUCUGAACGGUCUCGGCUUGGAAGCCAUGUAG